AAUCCCGGCAUGCCACUUCCUGUUUUGGUGGAUUUUUUUUUUUUUUUUUUUUUAAUUUUGGGAGGCCUGAAGAGUGACUUCUUGAAAUCUUUAUGUGUGAUUGGAGAUGGGCAGGCAUAGGCAUAGGUCUGUAUGCGAGAAGAGAUGGCUUUGGUGAAAAGAAGCUGUUGGGCGUGUAAAAAGAGAAUUUAAGGUACCGCCAGCAGAAAGAAAUUGGGAGUGCGUUUGACCCCGGUUCUUCCCAGACGCGCACUGUCGUUUCCUUCCGGGCCGGCUUGAACCUCUCCAGCCCCCGUAGGCAGCAGAUCUCAAGUGCCAGUCAAAAUGGAAGUGAAUCCCCCCAAACAGGAGCACCUUCUGGCACUGAAAGUGAUGCGGUUGACUAAGCCUACUUUAUUCACCAAUAUUCCAGUAACAUGUGAGGAGAAAGAUUUACCUGGAGAUCUCUUUAACCAGCUAAUGAGAGAUGAUCCUUCAACAGUAAAUGGUGCAGAAAUUUUAAUGUUGGGAGAAAUGUUAACACUACCACAAAAUUUUGGGAAUAUAUUUUUGGGAGAGACCUUUUCCAGUUAUAUCAGCGUUCAUAAUGAUAGUAAUCAAGUUGUAAAAGAUAUACUGGUAAAAGCUGAUCUUCAGACAAGUUCUCAGCGUUUAAAUCUUUCAGCUUCCAACGCCGCAGUGACUGAACUUAAACCUGACUGUUGUAUUGAUGAUGUCAUACACCACGAAGUAAAGGAAAUUGGGACACACAUCUUGGUAUGUGCCGUGAGUUAUACAACUCAGGGUGGAGAAAAAAUGUACUUUAGAAAAUUCUUCAAAUUUCAGGUUCUCAAACCACUGGAUGUGAAAACUAAAUUUUAUAAUGCAGAGAGUGACCUCAGUUCUGUGACUGAUGAAGUAUUUCUUGAAGCACAGAUUCAGAAUAUUACAACCUCACCCAUGUUUAUGGAGAAAGUGUCAUUGGAGCCAUCCAUAAUGUACAGUGUCACAGAAUUAAAUUCAGUCAGCCAAGCUGGAGAAUGUGUCUCUACAUUUGGGUCAAGAGCAUAUCUGCAGCCGAUGGAUACACGCCAGUACUUAUACUGCCUAAAACCCAAGAAGGAGUUUGCAGAAAAAGCAGGCAUCAUUAAAGGAGUAACAGUAAUUGGAAAACUGGAUAUAGUGUGGAAAACAAACCUAGGGGAAAGAGGAAGGUUACAAACCAGCCAACUUCAAAGAAUGGCUCCAGGUUAUGGCGAUGUUAGGUUAUCUUUGGAGGCAAUCCCAGACACUGUAAACCUCGAAGAACCUUUCCAUAUUACUUGUAAAAUAACAAACUGCAGUGAGAGGACUAUGGACCUGGUGUUGGAGAUGUGUGAUACCAGCUCUGUGCACUGGUGUGGUGUUUCGGGGAGGCAGCUGGGAAAGCUGCUCCCCAGCGCCUCCCUUGGCCUGGCCCUGACUCUGCUGUCUUCAGUGCAGGGGCUGCAGAGUGUCUCCGGCUUGAGACUGACAGACACGUUCCUUAAGAGAACAUAUGAAUACGAUGACAUCGCACAAGUCUGUGUGGUCUCUUCAGCCAUUAAAGUGGAAAGCUAAUGAAAAUUUCCAAUGUGAUGUCUUCAUUUAGUUUCCGAGAACUAUUUUAUUUCUGUAUUUUUAUCACCUUUGUGAAAUGAUCAUAUCAGUAGCAAAUGUAAGUAUAAUUUAAAUUUCUUGCCUGUAAAACAUGUACAAUAUUAAAUGUUUGAAAAGGACAGAAUUUAUCAAGUUAAUAUUCUUAGUGAACAUUUCUGUUUUCUACAUAUAUUUCAUUUUAGAUGACCAUUAAGCUGUUGUCCAGAAUCUAUAGUGUUUGUCCCUAGCGAGCGUCUAAAACCGAACUCAGCAAACCUGUUUUGUAAGAGGUCACGACACCAAUUAUCUUAGGUUUUUGCAGACAAAUCAUGAUCUUUGACAUUUCCCACAACACAGGUAGGCAAAAAAGUGCAGCAGUAUUUACAAAAACAAGCACCUAGAUAGGGCCCUGGUUUGUUGACUUCAGUUUAGAAAAUAUAGUUUCUUAGAACUUUAGAAUUUUAACAAUACAUUUAGAAAUAUUUCCAUUAACUCCAGAUUUCUUCAUAGUUAACAGGAGAGAUUUGAAACUAGGAUAGUCCUGUAACCUGGUUGUUUGCUAACACAAUAUUUUCUACUUGUUUUCAAAAUUAUUGUAUUGGCAUGUGUAACUUUCAGAUACUGAGCGGAAUUGGUUUUAUUUCUUAGAUUAUUGACUACUCAGCUAGCUUUUAACUAAGAUACGUAAUAAUUUUCUAAUUUUAAUUUUAAAGCAUCAGUUUUCCCUUAAAAAGUAAACUCCUUAUUUUCAUAACACAUACUCCAAGCUUCUGAUGAUUGAUUUUGAAUUCUAAAUCUUGUUAAUAUUUUUUUCUCUGUUCUGUUCAUGGUGUAAUUGCAUCUAUUUACACCAUGAACAAAACAGAGUUAAGGUUGUAAACAGCUGUGCAACAUGAAUGUAACCAUGUUUCACUAUUUUACCAGGAACACAGAAGUUUAUGAAACCUGUUUUGGUAAACUGAACAAGAAUGUAUCAUUUCCUAAAUGUAGAGUACAGUAAAUCAAACACGAAAACUGGUGUUUCUUAAAUAUGACAUUAUUUAUUGCCAUGACAAAUUGUUUGGUCCAGACUGAAAGCUAUAUGCAGAAGGGUGGCCCUUCACACUGCAAUAAUAAUUAAUGAAAUGUUUGGGCAAAAUAAAGUGCAAUCGUGUAAAACUGAAGUAUGUCAUUCAUCCAAAAUGACUGAUGGAUUAAAUGAUGAAAUAAAACUUACAGUCACUGCACUGGGCACCGUUUUUCAGGCACCUUCUCAUGACUGAACCUGUUUCACUCCUUCCAAUUUUAAAAGUAAUAUAUAAUGGUCACUUAGAAUCUGCUGUAUGCUUUGAUUUAAUUAGAAAAGUCUCUUCUCUGUACAGACAAUAACCUAGACACAUAUUGUUCAUACUUUAAAGGUUAGAUAAUGCCAUCUUUGACAGAAUUUGUGUAUGUUAUAAAAGUUAGAUUAACAGUUUGGUACAUUAAAUACAAAUGUUAUUUGCAUAAAAAGGACAUGUUCAGUUUUACAGAACAGCUACAGCUACUACAAUGAAAUGCAGUUAAUGAAAGUCACGCAUUCCUAAUUAAAAGGUGUAUAAAGGUUUACUUUAAUGCCUCGCAUUUCUCUUUGAUAGCAACUGUAUUUUCCACACAAGGAAGAAUAACAUUGACAGCAUUCUGUAUAAUUUGAAGAGUGGCUGAUACAAUCAGACCAAUCAAAACAUUCAUGGUAUAGCUUGCAAUGCAAUGACUCCAAAGUGAUGAAGGGACCUGAAGAACAAAAAUGGCUUGAAUAUAAUAGAAAUCUAUGCAGGUGGACAGGUAUUAUCUAAGUUGAAUUUAUCAGAGCUGGUACAUUGCCAGAGAAACAAACUAGAAAAGUGAAAGGGAAGAAAUACACCAGUUCCCAUUCGUUAUUCAGGUAAAAAGAAUGGCUAACUCUGUGGAUAGUAACACAUGAAGACAAUGUUUUAAAGAAGUGUUUUUUCUUUAAAUGUCUGAUUCUGUUAUUUGGCCAAAUAAACUGAGUUGGGAAAUGCUUCCCUCAUCUGUUGGAAGGUUGUUAACUAUAAAUUCAGUUUUCUCAAUAUAAUAUAGACCUGUUCAA